UUGAGGAAGUGUCCCUAUUAUUUAUCGCCAACACAAUAAUGGCUGCUUCUCUACAAAUGUGCCUGUAUUUACCGUCGAAUAUAGUCGACAUUGUUGGGCCAAAGACGUCUGAGAAGUCGCUGUAGGUUCGUAUUUCUCACUGUAAAAUCUGUCCUGGCUGAUUACCCACAAUGCAUCACCACAGGGCUUUGUAUUCUGUUUCUGACCAACAAACAUAACCUUCACUGCUGACCUCUGCAAACCACUGCACAGCAAAGUCUGCAACUAAAUCUGCUUUGAUCAAACUCCUUUGACCCUGAAACAAUGGCUGGUUCUGGUGAUUUUCCUGCGAUCGAAGGCUCUGGCAUGGGCGGCAUGAAGCUGCCCAUCGGGAUGACCAGACGUGCCCUGAGCUACGACGACAACCUGGAGGCGCCCAUGUCCACCCCCCCACACGACAUCAGCAUCAACAACCUGUGGAGGAGGCCCGUCAUCCCAGAGAGGAAGUUCACACAACUGGCAGAGGAAGAUGAGUGCAGUACAGCUAUCCGUUCCACAGUGGACAGCGCCCCCUCCAGGCCCCCGGCUAUAGUGAAAACCAAAGCUUCCUCUUUAAUUGUGAACUCCAUCAUCACAAAGCACACCCAUGACAGCAUGUCCAAGUUUGAGCAGAGGGCAGGACUCAGUGACACAGGCUACACUCCACACAAAGGACUGACUGCAGAGGAGACCAGGCACCAUCACCGCAUGCCAGAGGCCCUCCAGAAGCUGCAGAUUCAGAGCCUCGAGCACAGAGAAGACAAACAGAACUCUUCAGCUCAGUCCACUCCAUCCACCACUCCACACAGCUCCCCCAGACAACAGCGCAGAGGUUGGUUCCAAAGUACCGGCUCUGAGGCCAGUAUCACCUCCAGCUCAAACUCCAGUGUGGACCUCGCUGCAGGGGACGCCGGAGGGGGCGUUGUUGAGCGCUGGGGUGUGUUUGGUCCGCGACCAAUUGUCCACAAAUCCACCUCUGAUGUGGGGUCUGUAGGAUCUGAGUCCACCAGUGCAGCAGGCUUUGCUCUGCAGGCAUACCAAGGAGCUAAGAAGCCAACCCCGAUGGAGGUGAUGAAGUCCCAAGCCACUCGACUCGCGGACCCCACCCCUCAGCAGGUCAACCCCCCGAAACUGGAAAUACCCACCAUUGAGGGCCGCAAGCAGGGAUCGCGGCCUCACAAACUGAAGCACCGAGACAUGAACAUCCUUACGCCGUCCGGGUUCUGAGGUCACCCGGCACGUCACAUGACCCACCGCGCUCCAAUCAAAUCUCUUCUAUGACAUCACAUCAUUCUACAGGCAUUAGAUGUUUGACUGAGAUGGGGGCAGGUAAAUUGACUAUUGUUCAUAUGCAGAUUUUGUGGUGUAGUUGGACCUAAAUUGCUGGAUAAUUGACCUUGUCACUAACAUUGAUGCAGUUCAUUUUCUGGAUUUUAUUUUAGAUAUAGAUAUAAGAUGGAUAUCCUUACUCCUGCCUCAUCUGCAAGAGGGACACUUAAUAACACAUUCUAAAAUCUAAAAACAAUGAAAAAUGCAUAAAUUACACUUACAUUCUGCACAUAACAUGCAUUCUCUUCACCUCUAAUCACAGACUCGAGUGGU